GGUAGGCUGUCAUUCUGCAAAAGCUGCCCAGACCAGGCUUUCCUCUGAAAAGCAGUGGUGCCGGUUCCUUUUUAGAAAGACUGAAUCUAAAUGUCGUCUCUGGAGACAAGAAGCCUUCAGAAUGUUAAAUUACUUUCAUUAUGUUUUUUCAGAUGCUUAUUGAUUCCACAGUAGGAAGAGUGAAAGACUGCAGCAGCCUCUAAGCAGCACUACAUGUUCCACACACUAGCAGUACUGCUGAAACAAUGGCACAGUACAGACACAUAUUUUCAUUAAGGUCUUUUCCGAAGAGAUGUUUAUGACCCUCAUCCCCCAGUCCUCUACUAACAAGUGAACAAAAUGAAUCAAUCAAAACUGGAAACGCUUCAACUACAUCAAGAUUUUAUCAAAUCUUUAGCGGAGGGCCCACGACAGCUAAUUCAAUAUUUACAACUGACAAUAUGAAGAACCCAUCUGACCGAGCAUCUCCUUAGCUGUCUGAACCACGAACUGCAGGAUAUUCUUGUAACACAUGAUUUUAAGGCAUUAAGGAGUUAAAAGCAGAGAACACAGGUCUACAUUACUGCUGGGAUGUAAUACAUCAACAAUAAUCAUUUUAAGAAGAUGCUAUAUAAAAUAGCCACAAAAAGAAAAAUAAUAUAACUGUAAAAGCCUGACAACAAAAUGGUGAGCAUUUUUAAUGGGGGAGCUUAUACUUUAACAUAUCAGAAUUGUGGAUUCUUGAAGAAACAAUGAAACCUGGAUUGCCAGAAGAAGAAUAUCAUAUACUACCAGCAAGCUAAAUGAAGCUUUAGCAAGUGUUUUCUGCACUAAAUAUUCAGAUAUUCAUAUCAAUUAAUAUUACUAAAAGAUUUUUCCAUCUAAGUUUUAUCAGCAAGUAUGUAUCUUCUUCUAAUGAAAACAAACCAAAUUAAAUAGCUGAUGGUUUUCAUCAAACACGGACUGGAUUUAUAAUAUAAAGCAAGUUAUGUGAUCAAGAAAUUAAGGACUGCUAUAGAAACAGACUUACAUUUGUUAACAAAAGGAUGUCUAAAUACAUUCUAGAAGCUAGAAACCUUAUGUUUCCAUUUUUGUUUUCAAAUGUUCUGGGAAACAGACACUUUCAUAUAUUCCCUCAAAGGGAAAUGUAACUCCUAUCAUUUGAGGAAGUUUCUCUUGGUUGACUUUUUAAGACAAAACAAACACAAAUAUUUUGUACUGGUCUUUAGAAAUCCACCAGCCAACUAACUCUCAUAAUUCAUACAGUUGAAGUACUGGAGAGAAAAAAAAGAAUUCCUACAAGACAUGAAAUAAAACACAGCUACUUCACUGUUGUCGGGUAAAAAUUCAUGUCAAAAUCUGCCAAUGACACCAUGUAUCAAUUUGUGAAAAACUGCUAUAGUGAGCCAAAAGGCCCAUAGGCAACAGCAAACAGGGAAAACACCAACUGCUCCAAAAGAAUGUGUUUUUCUCCCAUUCUGGAAAUCAACAUGCAGUCUGAAUCUAACAUUACAGUGCGAGAUGACAUUGAUGACAUCAACACCAAUAUGUACCAACCACUAUCAUAUCCAUUAAGCUUUCAAGUGUCUCUCACCGGAUUUCUUAUGUUAGAAAUUGUGCUGGGACUUGGCAGUAACCUCACCGUACUGAUACUUUACUGCAUGAAAUCCAACUUAAUCAACUCUGUCAGUAACAUUAUUACAAUGAAUCUUCAUGUACUUGAUGUAAUAAUUUGUGUGGGAUGUAUUCCUCUGACUAUAGUUAUCCUUCUGCUUUCACUGGAGAGUAACACUGCUCUCAUUUGCUGUUUCCAUGAGGCCUGUGUAUCUUUUGCAAGUGUCUCAACAGCAAUCAACAUUUUUGCUAUCACUCUGGACAGAUACGACAUCUCUGUAAAACCUGCAAACCGAAUUCUGACAAUGGGCAGAGCUGUAAUGCUCAUGAUAUCCAUUUGGAUUUUUUCAUUUUUCUCUUUCAUGAUUCCCUUUAUGGAGGUAAAUUUUUUCAGUCUUCAAAGUGGAAAUACAUGGGAAAACAAGACACUUUUGUGUGUCAGUAUAAAUGAAUACUACACUGAACUGGGAAUGUAUUACCACUUGCUAGUACAGAUCCCAAUAUUCUUUUUCACUGUCAUAGUAAUGUUAAUCACAUACACCAAAAUACUUCAGGCUCUUAAUAUUCGAAUAGGCACAAGAUUUUCAACAGGGCAGAAGAAGAAAGCAAGAAAGAAAAAGACAAUUUCUCUAACCACACAACAUGAGACUACAGACAUGUCACAAAGCAGUGGUGGGAGAAAUGUAGUCUUUGGUGUAAGAACUUCAGUCUCUGUAAUAAUUGCACUCCGGCGAGCCGUGAAACGACACCGUGAACGAAGAGAAAGGCAAAAAAGAGUCUUCAGAAUGUCUUUAUUGAUUAUUUCUACAUUUCUUCUCUGCUGGACACCAAUUUCUGUUUUAAAUACGACCAUUUUAUGUUUAGGCCCAAGUGACCUUUUAGUAAAAUUAAGGUUGUGUUUUCUAGUCAUGGCUUAUGGAACUACUAUAUUUCACCCUCUACUAUAUGCAUUCACUAGACAAAAAUUUCAAAAGGUCUUGAAAAGUAAAAUGAAAAAGCGAGUUGUUUCCAUAGUGGAAGCCGACCCCAUGCCUAAUAAUGCUGUAAUACACAACUCUUGGAUAGAUCCUAAAAGAAACAAAAAACUUUGCUUUGAAGAUAGUGAAAUAAGAGAAAAAUGCUUAGUACCUCAGGUCGUCACAGACUAAGGAAAAGACUAAGGUUCACCAAACCCACAUUCAGAAGUUCUCAAUUAAAAUGUAAAAAAUGGAAUUACUGCCAAAUAUGAGGAAAAACACUUUAAGUAUUAGUUAUGGGUUGUAAAUUUUCAAUGUAAAUGUCAAGAUUAGAUUAGGUCAUAUAUAUUCAAUUUCUUCAUUACUUAAUGUAUUUGUUGCAUGGCAGUUUGUUAAAAUAAUAUUGUGUAUAUUUUGUCAAUAUUAUGUCUGUCCAUCAGAAGAUACUCAUGUAAGUCAUAUUUUUUAAAGAAUAAAUACAUAGCCUUAAAACAGUGUACAACUUUAAAACAUAACUGACACAGAUAUCCUUGCUUUUUUUUAAUAUAAAGUAUAUUGUUUCUAAGCCACAAACUAUAUAUAUAUUUAUAUGAUGACAACUGAUACAGCAUUUUAACAUAAGAAUAAAAAUUACGGGCUCCAAACAAUCAAAACAAUCCAGGAUUUUCUGUAUCCUGUACUGUUUUCUGGUGUUGUCUACUUGCUGUAAUACUAAAUGCAUCAAAAAUUAUGAGCUAUGCAUAAAACUUUAUCCUCUUUUUUAAAUGUAGAAAUUGUAGGAUUUAUCAGGAUUUUAAAAUUCAAGAACCAAAAAACAGUCCUCUGUAUGCACACCAAGCUACAGAAACUUUGAAAUUCAAGUUUAUUAUGAAAAACACAUUGAAUUUCUAAGAUCAAGGGCACUAUGCCUAAAAUAUACAAAUGAACUGAUAAUAAAGAGAAGGAAGAAAAUUAAAGCACUAGCCUCUUUCUUCCUUUCUCACUUUGCUUGAGUCUAAGCCAAAUGCUCUGGAUUCAUACAGUACAUUGGUAAAAACCAGUGCAUUAAAAUAAGCUGACUUCCUUACUUUACUCAAGUCAGGCUUUUUGUAUAAUAGAAGUUAACUAAUAAAAUCUGAAUACAAGGAAGAAAAAAACUUUAUAUAACAUUGUAGAAAAGUUUAACAAAAGUAACUAUUUCUAAUUUUAGAUAUACAGGAACUUCAGCCUAACACAAUUUACACAAUGUUCCCACAUAACCAUGUUUCAAAAUACAGUAGUUCUAUUUCCACUCGGAAAAUCACUAAAGCAAAAAUAAAUCUUGUCGUUUUGUUUUAUUCUACAUGACUUAAUUUAACUUUCAGCAUUUUAUCUCCCAUCUUCAAUUCAUGUUGGAAUACUUCUUUGCUAUGAGAUUGUGAAUCCUAACUACAGAUAUGAGGUUUGGGAAUCUCAAAGCCAACAAAUAUUUUCCAGUUGCUAUAAUCUAAUAAUCUAUUGAUGAGUGCUAAUUAUCAUUGUAUUAAAAAACAGCAAAAAGCUACUUAAAGUAGGCAAAUACUUGCCACCUUGUAAUUGGUUAAUGGGUCAAUAUUGUUUUUUAACAGUGUAUUCACUAAAUCAAGUAGCAACUCAUUUUUAAGUAAAAAAAUUUUGUCUAACAAUAAUAAAUCACUUUUUUGUAAAUAAAUGAGAUUUAUCCAAUAUAGUUAGUGAAUACCUCAAUCCUUGGGGAAAUGAGCACCGUGCAAUAGCUUGAAUUCACUGAAGUUAUAUGGCAAAUUUAACAGUGAUUUAUUUGUUAAAAUAAUGUCAAAUCUUGACAAAGGCAGCUUCUUUCUGCCUUUUUUUCCUACUCUUUUAUGGAAUUAAAGAAAUGGUUCAAUUUGACAAAAUGUGGCAUAUGCAAGUAAGACUUAUAUUUUGAAACCAUAAAAAGAAAUUAAGACUUCAUAAAAAUAUUAACAUUUUUUCAUUUGAUAAAUGUUUGACACAGUAUAUCUAAUAUAUUCAUUAAAAUUUUUUAAACUAAUUUUAUGCUUAGACUUCUGA